AAUAUCACGUGAUAUUCAACAUGAUAUUUAAUUAGUGUCCAAGAAACUGAGGAGCACUGACAUCGUCAGCACUUGCUGCUAACGCUUCCCUGCUCUCACGAGACUCUCCGAUCCCUCAGUCCGUAGAGAUGGUGAAUGUGGAUGGCAGCAGGAGGCACACCUUUCCUGAGGUCUUCUCGGAAGACGAAGAUCCAGCAGGACUAGCUGUAUUUGAGAACUCUUUCUUCUGGGCAAAUGGAACACAGCUCUUUCAGACUUCACCCCGCACGCCAAAGGAGAGAACGAUGCUGCUAAAUGCUUCCGUGUCUGCUUUCUCAGUGCUCCACAAAUCCCAACAGCCUAAGAGCAGAUACUCGGCCUGUGUUCCAGGCUCUUGCAGCCACUUAUGUCUCCUGUCCCCUGUCCAUCCCAAGGGCUAUAAGUGUGCUUGUCCAGAGGGAAUGUCCCUCCUACCUUCCGGCACAUGCAGCGAUUUAAAACUAGUGUUUUCCUCUGGCAAACGUCUCUACGUGUUGAAAGUUGGUUUUAUGGGAACUGCGAUAGAGAGAACCCUAGUUCAAGAGCAUCCCAGGAACAUCUAUCUCCUGGAUGUGGAUUGGAAAAGAGACCUCGUCUACUGGACAAAUGCCGAGGGGCAUCUGUUCUGCUCCACCGGCUACUCGGGAGAGAAGCAGGAGAUUUGGACAGAGCAGACAGUCUGCUCAGCAAACGUGGACAUAGCCACUGGGCACUUGUUCUGGCUGGCCUGCGACCGAAGCGUCAUUCAGAGAAUGAGGAUUGCUGGCCCAGACACACGUGCGCUCUACAGAGCGAGCAGCAUCAUACUUCAUCUUCUUCUCGAUUGGCCGAAGAGGGUGCUCUACUGGGUGGAAAGUGGGAAACACUUGCAAAGUAUGACCCUCGAUGGCAAAAACAGGCAGGAAGUCUGGAGAGGCACCUGGACGGCGGACACGCACAUGGCCUUGGACCUCGGCUCCUCUAGCAUCCUCUGGACCACCAGGGGGCUCGGUAAGCACCACGCAGCCAGUGCAGUCGGGAGGAGCCUGAGGGGAUGA